GCUUCCUUCUUUGGAGAACAAAAUUGUUUCUUCUUCGAUUUCUCCGAGACGAUUUAAAUCUCAAAGAAGCACUUCUCGAAUUCGAGUGAUCGUCGUCGUCGUGAACCUUCUCCGUCUUCGUCAAUGGCGAUCUAUCAUUCUCCUCCUGCUUCUCCGAAAUCGGAUCCCCCUCCUCCCGCGGAAGAGACGAAUCAAGAAUCGCAACUGAAGGAGAAGAACGAAACUCCGAAGCAAGUCUUUUACAAGACGAAGGAGAUUGUGUAUCGAGGACGAUCGAUGCGUAUCGUACUCCAAGACAAGAACGGACCAUGUCCUCUCAUUUCCAUUUGUAAUGUUCUUAUCUUGAGAGAAGAAAUAAAUCUAGGUUUUGGCUGUGUUGAUGUAUCUGAAGAUGAUUUGCUGAAUCAUGUGGCCGACGUAUUCUGUGAAAGAAAUGAUUAUGAGUGUAUUGAUGUUGAGCUCCUCAAACGCCUUGCAAAGGGAAUAAAUGUCGAUAUUAAAUUCGAUAGCAUUAAGGGUUUUGUGGUUACACCUGAGCUUGCUUUAUUCGGUUCACUUGGUAUUCCUUUGUAUCAUGGAUGGAUAGUUGAUCCUGAGGAUUCGGAAAUCGCUACUGCAAUUGGAGGCAGAUCUUAUGAUGCUUUAAUGACUGAGCUUACUGCCUUGGAUACACAGACUGUUAAGGCUCCAAGCUGUAAAAGUAGUGAGGAAUGCUCUGUUGAUUUUCCUGUGUCGGUUACUGCGUCUGCAGAGCAUGGUAGAUUGCGAAAGGGAGAUAUUGAAGAAGAAGAAGCCUUGUUAAGAGCCUUGACAUUAUCUGGAAAGGAAGCAUCUGGUUUUGAUACUCACAGAGACUCAAAUGAAGCAGAGGAGGCUGUGUCUGAAUCCUCAGGUGAAGCAGAGGAGGCUGUGUCUGAAUCCUCAGAUGUAAAUGGGCUCACGCAAAAAGAGGGUGAAGUGAUCAAAGAGUUCUUGAAAGAUAAUGCCAGUCAAUUAACUUGGGAUGGGCUCUUUAACUUGGAAGAUGACCUUAAAGAAGAUGAACUUUGUGUCUUGUACCGCAACGAUCACUUCUCUACCAUGAUAAAGCAUGAUGAAAAACUCUUUACUUUGGUUUCUGAUCAAGGCUAUCUGAUGGAGCAAGGCUUGGUUUGGGAGAGAUUAAGUCAGAUCAAUGGCGACUCUGUCUUCAUGACUGGUAACUUCUUUGUCUUCAAGCGUGCCAGUUGCACAAGCCGAAAAUGGGAUACUGAGAAUGUUAUCUCCGGAAUCAACAGCAGUGAUGAUAAUGAUCUGGAUCUUCAAAUGGCGAAGGAGUUGCAGCGUCAAAUUUGGGCUGGAGAGACUGGAUCAGAGGUACCAAUAAUAACCCUCAAGCACAUAUCUUCUUCAACACAAAGAUGGAAAGAAUUCCUAAUAUGGGCAAAUGGACGAUCUGAAAUAUAACUCAUGAAGCAUUGGCCCCUUACCACUUCUGCGUAUGUCUUUCUUCUUUCUUUAUCUUACUAUCGUUUAUCUUCUUUUUUUAAUAAUUAUUGGCUUUACAUAAAUGUUUUAAGAGUAACCAGCAAUCAGAGCUUUUUGAAUUUGUUUGUUUCUCUUUUUAUAAUUGGCUUUACAUAAAUGUUUUCUGAUGGUUUGUUUCUCUUUUGUAAUUCAUUUUGCUCAUAUGUUACAGAUUUUAAUUGAAUUCAAUUAAAAUAGAAUCAUUUUAUA